AUGCCAGUCACAUUCGCGCCCGCUCCCGAGCACCAGCGCCGCCUGUCGGCAUCUUCCCCGUUCCCCGGCCGCAUCAUGACCAGCCUGGUCCCAAGCGACCCCCCGGUACACAAGCACAAGCACCGGUCCAGCUCGUCGUCCUCGCGCCGAGGCUCGGCGCCGCGGGUCCCCGCUACAGGGGUGCCCGGCCCUGUUCCCGAGGACCCGUUCGAGGAGUCUGGCGUAGCGCGCGCAGAAGGCACCACCACUCAAAGCGCGUACGAGCGCGUGACCAACUCGCCGCAAGAGGAGCGGAUGCCGCUGUACGCGGUGGACGAGGAGGAUGCGGAGCGCCAGCCGCUGCUCGGCGACGAUGGCCCGCGGCCCGAUGUCCAAUGGGCGCUCACGCUGGGGAUCACCGUGGCCAUUGCGGCGAUCACGUUUUUGAUCCUGUUCGUGUGGAAGCUUACAGAGCCUGCACCCGAGUCGGACAACGGCGGUGCGUAG